ACACUCAGUAGUGGUGGUGGCGGCGAGGGCUGCUGGACGUGCUAUAUUUCUCUCACUUUCUUAUUCGACAUUUGAUUAUUCAACUUCACUUUCAAAUUUCCUUCUCUCAGUUCUGUGAUAACGGUGACCAACACAGUACGUAGCAUUCUCUACCCGUUCAUCAAAUACAGAAUAGAAUAAUUAAAUAAAAGAAACAUAAGGUAAAAGGAGAGAGAGGAAAAAAAAUUCCUCUAGAAUUAUUUUUUCCAUCGGUGUGAAGUAAAGCGUCAAAAUGAGGUUCCGAUUCCCCGAAAUCACUAUUAUGCGACUGUUUAUAUGGAUCGUCACUGUGCCGACGGUCUAUGUUUUCCUGAUGGUGGCGUACACACACUCUGAUAGCCGUGACUUCAAGGUGACUCAAGAGGUAUUCUUUUUAGUUGAGAGGGACGGGAAGCCUUUGGGCGAGAUGGUGUUCGGCCUGUUCGGCGAGGCGGCUCCGCGGACCGUCAGGAACUUCGUCACUUUCGCCACCAAAGGCUACAAGGGCAAGAAGUACGAAGGCUCCAAGUUCCACCGGGUUAUCAAAAAGUUCAUGAUACAAGGUGGUGACGUGGUGAGCGGGGACGGACAAGGCAGUAUCUCCAUCUACGGUGAAACCUUCGCUGACGAGACGCUGGACAUUAAACAUUCCCGCCCAGGCAUGCUCAGUAUGGCUAACCGAGGACCUAACACUAACGGCUGUCAGUUUUUCAUCACCACCGUCGCCACGUCCUGGCUAGAUGGACACCACGUGGCCUUUGGAAAGUUGGUGAAGGGAGAAGAGGUUCUGCGAGAGAUCGAGAGCGUGGCAACAGACUGGCAGGACCGCCCCUUGAAAGACAUUGUCAUCUACAAGUCCGGCAGACGUCCUUUCGUUGAGGCCUAUUACAUCAGCGACGACCCUUACAAUUUACGCGACUGGGUGAAGACGAUGAGCGUUCCUAUCGGCUUCACUGUUCUUCUAAUCUUAGGUUUCCAUCAGUGCAUGAAGAAAUUCGACGCAGCUAUUGGCGAUGACGAGGACAAGAAGCCGAAGAAGGAAGCGGAGAAAGCGAAGAAGAAGACUGUGGAAAAGAAGCGUAGAUAUAGGAAAGAGGAGGAAGAAAAUGAAACAGAGGAGGAAACAAUGGGAAUUGAAACAGAGGAAGAAGAGGAGAAGGUAGAGGAGGCGGAAGGAAAGAAGGAAGAAGAAAAGAAAGAAGUGAAGGAGAAAGAGAAGGAAAAGACUGGAGAAGUAAAGAAAGAAGUGAAAGAAAAGGAGAAGGAAGAAGGACUAAGGAAACGUAUUGUAAAGGGAGAGAAAACAGGAGAGAAAAAAUGAAAUCUGCAAGAAAGGAAGGUUGGAUUUAGAAACUAGCACACACACACACACACACACACACACACACACACACACACACACACACACACACACACACUACUCCUUUGAAAAUUAAUUACUUUGAUAAAUAAUAAUAGUUAAUGUUUGAGGUCAAAUUAUUUACGUAUCCCCUUAAUAAAAGGAAGAAAAUGG